AUGGGUAUUCAGACUUAUUGGAUGAGUAUAUUCAUGCUUCCUCAGAGUGUUGUGAAGAAUAUUGAUAAAGUUUUCCGUCAAUUUCUUUGGGGUGAGAGUGGUUCCCGAAGUAAAUUACAUUUCACUUCUUGGGAGCAAGUUUGUCGGCCUAAGCCUUUUGGAGGUUUAGGAUUUCAUGAGGGGGCUAUUUGGAAUAAGCUGAAACUUGCUAAGUAUAUUUGGGCAAUUGAAUCUAAAAAAGACCAACUUUGGGUUAAGUGGGCUGGAGUAAUCAAAGGAAAGUUACAGCUGGGCUCUUUUUAUACUCAGCGUCUAAUGAAUGAGCGAGUUGCUUAUGCUAGACCUGUUUGGUGUAAGCUCUCGGUGCCUAAACACAGAUUUAUUCUGUGGCAGGCUGUUAACCACCAUUUGCUCACUCGGGACUUACUUGCUGCUCAUCACAUACCAGUAGUAAAUUUAAGAUGUCCAGUUUGUGAUCUUGUUGAGGAAAGUCAUGGCCAUCUUUUCUUUGAUUGCAUCUUCUCUAGAAAGGUCUUACUGCUGGUUUCUGGUUGGCUUGGAGGGGUUACUUGGCCUGGAAAAUUUGAGGACUGGAUCGCAUGGCUGUCCACCUGGAAGUCGGACUGGAUGCAUUUUAUAGUGGCUGCUUCUCUUGCUGCUUGUAUUUAUUUUAUCUGGUAUAAUAGAAAUGCCUGCUGUUUUAGUGAUAGUUGUUUAACUGACUUUAAAAUAGAUCAUCUGAUUAGGCAAGCAGUCAAAGCUAGAGUUCUUAAUGUAAAUUCUAGGCACCUGUCUACUAGAGAAAGGCAAAUGAUUGAGUUUGUAAAAUCUUUGUAA